GUUUGCUCUUCAUCUCUCUUGAGCAUUUAUAUUCAUAUUAUAAAACCCGAAAAUUGAGCAUAGUCAAAACAUUAUUUUGUUAAUAAUGUUACCGUUAAAUGGGCGUCAGCGAAUAAAGAGUUGAAUGGAUAUUUACAAGGGAGUGAAUGGAUCCUCAGCUUUCAAUGUUUAAUGCUCAAAACAUUUAAGCAUUGAGGGAAACGGAAGCAGUGAUAUGAUCAAAUGUAUCUUUUUUACUCUGUUUUUCUUUUAUUUCUAGCUAAACUCAAAGACCCAAGUAGUUCUUGCUCAAUUUAACCAAUUUUUUUUUUAAAUUACUUAGAAUGUGUCAUGUGAUAACAGAAUCACUUAGCUGGUGACAGAGACUUGUGUUUUCUGUUCUGUUGUUGAAGAACAGCAGGUCCCCACUUUAAGUUCUUACUAAAUUCAUUUCGACCAUAGAGAUUAGAGAAAGGUCAGAGAACCAACUACUUGAUGAUCACAGAUUCACAGAAACGGUGCAAGUUAAGUCAUGGGGGCACGUCUUAUCUCGGAAACAUUCAGAAGACAAGCCCUUGUGAAUUGCAUAUGGGGAGUACUAUCCAGAUGUACAAAUUGCAUUGAUGCUUCAUUUCCAGAUGCUAAAAAGACAGAACCAUGUGAUACUCUCUGUUCUACUCUGUCCUAACGCUUCAAAGACCACAAGUUUGUUUCAAAGACUUUUCAACACAUUACAUUCACUGGUAUUUCUAUAUAUACACAUGAGCCGUUCUCAUUUCUAUCAUCAACCAACAACUAGCAAUCCAAUAACUUUAAUCUUUUCAUACAUCUCUUCAAAAAAAUUCAAACUUUCAGAAGACAAAAUAAAUCGAAAUGGCUUUGGUUAGAAGUUUAUUGGGUGCAAAGAAGAUUCUUGGCCGCUCCCUGACAGCAGCAGCUUCUUCCACGAGCAAAACAACAGCCUCGGCGGCACCUAAAGGGUUUCUUGCGGUGUACGUAGGAGAGAGUCAGAAAAAGAGAUAUGUGGUGCCAAUCUCAUACUUAAGCCAGCCUUCAUUUCAAGCUCUCCUCAGUAAAUCUGAAGAAGAGUUUGGGUUCGAUCAUCCAAUGGGUGGCUUAACGAUUCCUUGUCCCGAAGAUAUCUUCAUCAACUUAACGUCUAGGCUCCAGUGAAUGAUGAUUAUCCUAAUCUUUUCUUCUUCUUGAGUUAGCAAUAGACUUAUUCAUUGUAAAUUAUAGGACAUUUUUCUCAUCUUCCUCCUUUUUGAAUGAAUUGUUGAGAGAAUGAAUAUCACAUCUUACGACGCAGACACGAUCAUGUCAGAAAAGUUUUGGAUCGAUUGUUAAAGAAAGGCCACAACAAUUGAGAAA